AUGUCCGCUCAGCUCCAAGCCCUCGCUCAGCAGCCAAUCCUCGACACUGCUCACCUUGACACAAACUCGCUCCUCUGGGUCCUUCGCAACUCCGCCGCCCACACUGCCAAGGUCUACGUAUCAGCCAACACCACUACUGCAUUCACGUCGCAGGAAGGCAAUCCUCACCGUAUCCUUCAGGCGACUAGAAAUAUUGUUCUAUCCCACGACCCCGUUGAUGACGAGAUCUUCGACAGCAAUUAUCUCCCCAUGCUCGACUUUCUCAAUUCUGUUACCAUGCGCCCGCAUCACCUGGCAAUACAUGUACCCCACCGAAAUGGGGAGCACAGCCCCGUGGACCAGCUCGUCAAAGUCAUCACGCUUAGCGUUGACCACGACGUGCUCAAGCGACUGGAGAUCCGCGAGUACCCCGACGAAGAGCUCGACGUGUACCUCGACGAGGACGGCGCAUUGACCAGAUCCACGUUGAACGACCUCGUCUGCUUCCGUUCGCUCGAGUCCCUCAAGGUAGACACUCGCCGCUUGGCCGGGUUUGACGACGGGUCCUUCCCACAACUCCUCGUCGCCUGGCCGCAACUCACCGAGCUGCAGCUCAACGCGAACGCGGGGUGGGGUACAAUUAGAUGCGCGCCGAAAUUGACUCCCAAGGGCCUCGCAGUGCUGUUGCGGAAUGCACCCAAACUUAGGUCGCUCGCGGUCGCCAUUGACGGCGAGCGAAUCGCGGACGUUACGCAGCCAUGGCCAAAGUCGGACCACCCGCUGGAAGCGCUUAACCUGUUAGACUCGGUUUGUCCAAUGGACCCUAUUAGGCAGCGGAUGUUGGCGGAGCUUUUGAGAGGAGUUGCUCCUCGUGCUCGACUUUUGGAGGCGUACAACGGAGAACUCACAGUGUUAUACGAAGGCCCUGAACAAGGGGCGGCCUGGCAGCAGGUAUUCCAGCUCAUGGGGUGA